CCUCCAUUUCCCGGACCGGAACAGUGUCUAAACGGGCUAGAGAGAGAGAGAAGUGACAAUCUGAAUCAGAGCGAAUUAUGCGAAAGGUGUCGCAGAUCUCUGCCGUUCUACGUCUAGCAUUUUCUUCUUCGAGACGAAGCAGACACACCAAUGGCUGUCGUUCCUAUUGCACUCCUCCAAAUCCAACACCAUCAGGUCCAUUGACGAGUUACAGUAACUUAGUGGAACAAGGGAGGCUUCAACACGAUCCAUACCAAGAGAAAGUCGCUUCAGCCUUCCAAAACUUGUUCGGAAGAUUGGAACAUUUCGAGAAAGAAAUGGAAGAUUAUCAUGUGAGAUUAGAAGAGUGGGAGAAGAAGAGAGAGGAAGAGAGGCGAAGACUAAUGGUGGAAGAAGCUGAGAAGAAGGAAGAAGAUGGAGUGUGGGCUUCUAUGAAUAAACAAGGCCAAAAGCUUUUAGGAAGAUGGGUCUUAGGGAGAAGACAGAUGAAUGUAGAGCCUGGAGUUGGUAAAUGGGUUUCUUACCUUAACCGAGAGAGGAAACUGGAUUCCAUUGUCGGCUCUCGUCCUGCAAUACCUUCAGCUCCUAAAGGAUUAUAUAUCUAUGGAAACGUAGGAUGUGGCAAGACUAUGUUGAUGGAUAUGUUUUAUAGCGCCACCGAUGGGAUGAUCAGACAUCGGCAGCGGUUUCAUUUUCACGAGGCUAUGCUGAAGAUAAACGAGCAGAUGCACAAGUAUUGGAAGGAGAAUGGUGAGGAGAAGUCCUCUCAGUAUAGCGUUUCGAGCUGGAUUAUGAAUCUGCCUGUUGAUGAGAGAGUCAAAGAGUGGCUAGCUGGGGAAGAGUUUUAUAAGCAGCAGCUCCAGAUGAAACACAUUCUUCCAGCUGUGGCUGAUAAGUUUCUCGUUGAUCAGCAGUCGAUUAAGAAAGGAGCCAGCAUCCUCUGCUUUGAUGAGAUUCAGACAGUUGAUGUGUUUGCUAUUGUGGCGUUAUCUGGAAUCAUGAGCAGAUUGUUGACUACUGGAACUGUUCUUGUGGCUACUAGUAACCGAGCUCCAAGGGAGUUAAAUCAGGACGGAAUGCAGAAGGAGAUAUUUGAUAAGUUUAUCUCUAAAUUGGAGAAACAUUGUGAGAUUAUCUCAAUCGGAAGCGAAGUUGAUUACCGCAGAGUUGCAGCCAAAAACUCGGUUGAACAUGUUCACUACUUAUGGCCUUUGAACGAUGGUGUUCUGGAAGAGUUUGAGAAAAUGUGGCGUCAGGUCACUGACCAGUACGGCGGAGAAAUAACUUCUGCAACGCUCCCAGUCAUGUUUGGAAGAACAGUGGAUGUUCCUGAAAGCUGUAAAGGAGUGGCAAGAUUCACAUUCGAGUAUCUAUGUGGUCGGCCGGUAGGUGCAGCAGAUUAUAUAGCAGUGGCUAAAAACUAUCAUACGAUCUUCAUCUCUGAGAUUCCGGCAAUGAGCAUGGAAAUACGAGACAAGGCACGUAGGUUUAUAACACUUGUGGAUGAGUUAUACAACCACCAUUGUUGUCUUGUCUCAUCCGCAGAGACACCUAUUGAUGAGUUGUUUCAAGGAACUGCAGAGGGUACCCUCUUCGACCUCGAAAGCUUCCAGUUUGAGACGGAGACGGAAGAUUCUAGGUUAAGGCGAGAUGUGCUUGCAGAAGGUAGCAUAAGUGCUGCUGGCUCGCCCUCUUCGAUCGUGAAAAUGCUUUCUGGUGAAGAGGAAAUGUUUGCCUUUGCUCGAGCUGCGUCGCGGUUGAUUGAGAUGCAGACUCCAUUGUACCUCGAAGGAGUUCGUUUCUUGCAUCCUUAUUUCCAUCAGCCAAAGUAAACUAAAAAAGAAAAUAGUACAAAUGAAUAAAUGGUAAAUACAUAUUUUUCUCCACUAAUUUAUUUUCGUAUGAUUACUGAUUUUAGCAGAAGUGACCAACUAAAUGGUUGGUUUUUUUGCCUUUAAUAUUAAAACAAUUUAUCAUGAAUAAAAUUCUUCUUUUGCUAAAGCAUUGUUAGUAACUUAA